AUGGAAAAGAAGAAGAAAGAUCCGGGUUUUAAAGGUUAUCAACUCGCGCCCGAAUACUCCAAAUUGAAAUUGGCAAUUGUAAAGAGGGCUUUUAUGCAGUUGCUGGGCGCCCUUACAAAAGUACCUUUGCCUAGUUUCAUUCCUACGAAUACCCACAAGCCCUUCAUUAACUCAAUCACACUACUUUUACAAACAUACGGGUCGUGA